GACACCUGGUGAGUGUCAAUAUGGCUGAAUGUAGCAGAAUUAGUGUUUAUGAUAAAUGCUUUAGGGUUAGCGCAACUAAUGUUUUAGCGAGAGCCAAUAGAGUGUUUUUCCAAGGAGCAGCAGCCAGUGACACUGUAAGAGAUAAAGUUUUUUGCGAAAAUGAAGUGCAUCGUUUAAGUUCCAACACUGCGAGUUGAGACUAAACAAAGCUGCUCGCCUCCAGACAAGCUUAUCGUCUCCGGACAGACAUUUCCUCAAUAAUCGUCCGGCUGUCUUUGCUACGCUUCACCUCACGUCAUGUUUCCUCUCACAUGAAUCAUUGCUUCCCGUGUGACAGAGGAACAUUUUAAUAUUUGCAUUUCCCUCUGGGUUUAGCACAACAGUCUGCUAUUCAAAUAUGCUGCUGGUCAUUAUGAAGGAACAUUAAGAGUAAACAAAAAGUUGAGGCAGAGGUGUUUCAUAUGGGUUAAAGUGAAACCAAGAGCAAGCUGGGGUGCUGCAGAGUUCAUGAUGCUUUUUUUCCACCCUUCAGUCUGUGGGUUAGAGGUGGAACUUCUCACUUGAACACUCCCACAGGGCUGACAGCGAGCUGCGGCGCAGAGAGGGGAAACUUGGCAAACAAAAAGCUGCGAGGUUCACUUCUGAGAAGAGCGUCGUUUUACUGCGAGGCAAAACAACAUGAGGAAACUUUUCAUUCUCCUUCUCCUGUUUGCCCUUUUUGUACACGGGACACUUCAGAAACAUGGAAAAAAGAAGAACUUGCCGGAGAAAGUGUUCCCUCAGCCCAGAGUGUUUUUAGGAAUCCGUCCCACACUGUCUGACGCCCAUGGCACCCAGCCUCCCAACGCCACUGAUCCUCCGUCUCUGCAGGGCUUAAGCGACACUGCCGUAGGGUACCUCAAAGGACUCCUGAGCACCAGAGUCAUCCCCGUCAUCUACCUGCUGGCGGUGAUCGUCGGGAUCCCGACCAACAUCACCAUCCUGUGUUUGCUCGCCACCAAAAUUAGGAAGGUGUCGUCCUCCAUCCUCUACUGCAGCCUGGCCACCUUCGACCUGUUACUCCUCGUCUCUCUCUUCUUCAAGGCUCACUACCAUCUCCUCGGAAACAACUGGGUGCUCGGAGAAGCCGCCUGUAAGGCGGUCACCGCCUGUUUCUAUGGUAACCUCUACGGCUCGGCCCUGACUCUGGCCUUCAUCGCCGUCAAGCGCUACAUGGCGGUGGUACACCCGUUCAUGUUCAAAACGCUGCCCAAGAAGAGGUGCAUGGCCUUUGCCGUCCUGGUCCCGUGGCUGGCCUUCGGCGCCUCCGUCGUCCCCCAGGUUUUGGUCCAACAGACAUUUUGGGUCUCCCAGCUGAACCGCACCACCUGCCAUGACGUGAUGCCCCUGAAAUCUGACUCUCACAAGUUCCUGCUCUUUUGCAACCUGACUCUGGCGGUUCUGUGCCUUCUGGUGCCCAUGGUUGUCACCACAGUGUGCUUCAUCAAAAUCCUCACCGCCCUCAACCAGUCGCACUACGACUGGGCGAUGUACAUCAAGUCCAGCUCUCUGGUGUUUACCAUCUUUCUGCUGUGCUUCCUUCCCACUGGUGUCCUGCACUUUCUCCAUUAUGUGCAGCUGUCUGCGGGAGGGGCAGAGAGUCUGUACAAAUAUUUCAACAUGGCGGUGUGUCUCUGCUGCCUCCACGCUUGCCUGGACCCCUUCUUCUUUUUCCUCAUGUCCAAGUCUGCAGGAAGCAAAUUGUACUUUCUGACCUUCAAAGGCAAGAACGUCAGUGUGUCAUUCUGAAAGACAAUAAGGGUGUUUUCACACCUGAUAGUCCUUUAGACUCGGUUCGAUGGGGUAACGUGUUACAUUUUCAACAUUUGUUACAUCUUCAACUGGUGCGAUUUACUUUCACGCUAAACUGUGUCAAACGAUCCCAGCCCUUUGAAAAACCUGUGUGGGCGCUGCACCAAGAACCGCUGAGGGGAAUUAACAUCCUACUUUGCAAAGCGUAAACAAAAAUGAAGUAGGGUCAUAAUUUAGCAAUAGUAGGACGUCUGUUUUGUCUUUGGUAAAAGACCAUGAGCCGUUUCUCUCGCUACCGCUUUGGAGCGAUCUCAUGUCUGCUUGCAUUCACAUAUGCAUUCGAACCGCGCCACAGUUCACUUCAACAGAACUGAGGUUUUUUUAGGCCGAGCAGAGUUUGCUUCUUACAUCCGCAUCAGGGUUCGAUUAGGCCAUGCACACCUUCCCAAAUGAAUCAGACUUUCGGGGCAAAUGAACUAGAGUUCAAUUAACGUGAACUAAACAGUCCUGGUGUGAAUGCACCCUAAAUGUUUUUAAGAAAACUGACAAAUUUCAUGCUUUCUGUGGCUGGAACCCAAAGAGAAAGUAAUUCGGUUUAACGGAGCGUUAGCCUUGAUGCAAAGGCUGUUUUGAAAGUAGCACUUUUCUUUUCAAUAAAUGUUUAUGACAGAUUGGUUUAAUGAAACCUGUACCUUUAUUACCAGUUUGAUGUUAAUGUUACAAAAUAGUUGAAAGCAUUCUUAAAUGUAAUUUCUUUCAAGCUGAUAAGUACGGAGGCCCUCUGCUAACACGGGAGACGAAAAAAAACCCCAAAAAACUAUUCACACCUCUUGUAGCUCUUUUACAUUUGGAAAAGCAGCAUUUUGUUUGGAUUUAAUAAUAAUGCCUGAAGGUUUAUGACUGUUUGAAAAUGUUUUACAAGGGGCAGACAUUGCAAAUUAGCUUUGGCUACAAAUGUUAGCAUGUAAGGUGGUUGUUAAUACCUGGGACUUGUUCAUAUCGAAAUAGAUAAUUCAAUUCAACGCCACUAAAACCAAAUCUUAUUUUAAAAAAACAUCAAAGAUCAAAGUGCUGUACAGAUGAGUAAAACAUAAAAAAAGAUUAAAAUACAAGAUUAAAAAAGGCAUUAAACAGAUGCAAUCAUAAACAUAAAGGAGAAUCAAAUAAAUGAGUAAAUAAUACUUGCAACAUUUCAGAUGGCGUCGAAAAAAAGAUGGGUUUUAUGACGGGAUUAAAAAAUGUUCCAUCAUGCUGUAACUAGUUUAAAUUCCUAAGAAAGCCGGACAAUGUUUCAAAGAAUAGAAGCGUUUAGCUGCCAACGUUGGGUAAUAAAUUCAGGAGAAGUGUCUCAGUAAAGCAGGAAAGUUUCUCAUUUUAGUGACUCACAAAAUUAAAUACCUUAAAACGCCAUAAGGGGGUUUCCUGUGACUCUCCAUCUUCUCACUCUGUUUCGUCUUCUACCGCAAGGUGUUGCCGUUUUACUGUUACGGCUUUUCCUGUUUAAACGAGAACAUAGUUUGGCUUUAGUGAGGUAUAAACCUCUAUGCGGCUGUUUUAUAUCUCUUUAAACAAAAAGGUUUUUCAUUAUAACAAAGUACUGCUCCUGAAUUUAUUUUCAUCCUCUCUACACGGCGUAAAACGUGGUUUCCUGCAGGUGGAUUAUCCUGUAAACAAUGCCAUCAUUCACCAACUUCUUGGACAGCCAGCAUCUACUGCCCUUUUUGGAAAGUCAUAACCUGGAAAAUGAAGAAGCACAACCUUGCUACUAAAAGUAAAGCUAGCAUGCCAAGACUUAAGAGCUGUAAGCACAAAAGUGGCAGAAUGCUAACUAGCUAGUAAAUCAGAUUACUGUUAGUUAGCUUGGCAGAUGCUGCUCCAUAAUCAGCAGAGCAGUAAAAGGAGGUGGCUCUCCAUAAAAUAAGCACAUUUACUUGGAACUACUCUGACUUUAAAUCUGGAACUUCUUGUGACAGAAGCCGAAAUUAAAUCUUGAUUUUUCUAAGUAUCUUCAGCUCGGACAAAUCUUUGUUUUGAGUACAUGAAACGACUGACACUCACCCUUGUUGCCUCACUCUUCGUUAUGCGGUCAGUAUGACACGGAUUGCACUGAGAAAAUACAACUUCAGCAGUGCAUAUUGGCUGGGCAUGUUAUGUGGCUGCAGUUUUAGAAAAACACUGGGUUGGUCAAAAGUUUCACUGACAAGUCCCAGCACGACACUGGUUUAAUGUGAAGAUCCAUCUUGUGUACAUUUUUCUUGAGCAAGAAUGAAACGCAGAGUAAAAACCAGCACUUAUUUUGCUUAUGCUUUGCUCUUUAUAAAUGUAUUUAUUUGUAUUUUUUUUACUGUGAAGAUCUCCUUUGUCCCUUUUAUUAAAUGUUAUCCUGUAUUUCACUUUACAUAUUGUAUAGCUUACUGAUGAUGAUUAAAUAAAUAAGUUGCAAAAUA